ACUGGAGAGCAUGUAUCCAUCUCCAUUGAAGAAGACAGCGGUAUCCUCGACGUCCUCCUACGGCUGUAUCACCCAACUUGCGCUCCUGGCCCGCUAUUGCAAGAACUGGCCUUCGUCAUUGGCCUCAUGGACGCGGCACGGAAAUACAAGAUGGGCGAGAAGGCCUCAUGGCUCGUGAAACUGCACUGGACGCAAUACGUAUCUCUAGAUCCAUUCGGAGCUUACCUUCUCGCGUGUUCUCAUGGCUGGACAACGCAAGCCAAGGACGCCGCACAAUCACUCUUGGGUGGAACGAUUCAGGAGAUCGAGGUUUCGUACUCACCUUCCAUGGAGGACAUGUCGACUCAACAUUACCACCGUCUCCUCACCUAUCAUGCUAGAUGCAGUACAGCUAUUUUUUCUGCUGGCUCAGCGACGACAACCUGGCUAGACGUCAAAGCUCGAAAAAUGAUGUUAUGCCGGCAUUCGGUGUACUACGAUAUGGAUAACGUCGCGGGAUGGGUUGCUCCUGCGAUCACUAGAGCUGUGGUAAUUCUGCUUCCACGUCCAUCUCCGCGAACAAUCAAAGAGGCCAUCGCUUCCGCCGUACUCGUCACUCUUAUACAAGAAACCAAAUGUGGUUCUUGUUCCUUUCCGUCCGCCUACGCCACAUUUGGCGACUCCAUUGCUCGCAAAGUCCAACAAUUGAUAGACGCGGUACGAGGUUCGCUAUAUCAGUUUGGGACUGUGCUGACGGUCUAUUCAUAAUUCAGGUGAACUUUGAUGAAUUGUAACCGUCGAUGUCAGACCUUGAAUACUGCACCGGCGCUGGCCGUGGGGCAGCGCCUUGCCGUGCAGGUGUAGUUGAUGAGUAU